AACGUUAUUUGAGUGGUUAUUGCAUGCUUUCAUAUAGUUCCUUUCCUAGUAAUCGUAAUCAAACACCAUAAAUACAUGUAUGACUCAAUUCAUUAAUUCACUUAACAUCAAAGAAGACAGAAGGCAGAAGAAGAAUGAAGUUUUAUCUGUAUGUAUCAGUCCUGGCUUUUCUGUGUGAUUGUGGUUAUGGUGGCUGGUCUUUCUGGUCUGAUUGGACAACUUGUCCUAUUCCGUGCGAAGGAAGAUCAAAAUCAAGAAGAAGAUACUGUGUUACACAGUUCUGCAAUGGGCACUACUUUGAGUUUAAAGACUGUGAGCCAAAGGAUUGCUCAGUUAUGAAAAAGAUUUCAGGAGCUCGUCGACAAACCGAGAAUCAUAAUACAACAACUUUAUCUUCUAAAGUGACAAAACAACAAACAAUUUUCAUCAAAACUCCUAGCUCAGUAAUGUUGACUAGCAGUAUCCCACGUGCCCCCUUUAGGAGGACUAAUGUCACCAUACACCCGUUCAUCAUUGUUACCGUUCCUGCCUUGUUACAUCACACAGAAACCGUGAAAAACGGAGAGCGACUUCAGCUCACGAAGAAGUUGACAUCUCUUGAUCAUAUCGUAGACAAUUACCCCCGGAAAAAUAACACCACGGCUGGGAAACAAAUGUUAAAACCAUCUUCUUCCAAAUCAAAAACUGCAAAUGAAAACAAUACCAAUAUCGUAAUUCUAGUGGCGCUUCCGGUUUUGACCAUUUGUGUGGUUUUGUACUUAGCAGUCAAGCUCUUUCGGAUGUUAAAACCUUCAAGAAGCAGCAAUCUCGAGAGUGUUGAUGUGAGUACAUCAAACAAGGAAUUGUCGCUCUCAGAUUACAGGGACCAAGAUCGAGAGGAGAGGGAGUACCACUAUGUGUCGUACGACGAGAUCAGCAAGCGGGGCUCUUAUGAAAACAAAUCUCCUUCACAGAGUUACGUCUAUGACGUCACUUGGUUUUAAGAAGAACGCCCAAAGUACUCUGUUUUAUUUUUAGUACAUGGUACGUUUUACAUUUAAGUACAUGUUUAUUAUGCAUCUUUACGUUUAUUUUAGCGCAUUUUGUUUAAACGGUACCUUGUGAUAUGUAAUGUCGUCAUAGUGCAGUGUACAUUUCCGUUCUGUAUGUUUUUUUACUCAAUAUAUGGUAAUUGUAUUAAUAUUUUUUAGCUAUAAUUUAAAAGAGUACAUUUCCGUUUUAUAUGAUUGGUUCUGAUUAAAUGGCCAUUGUAUUAAUAACCAUUUAAUUUUUUUCUUUUAUUUGAUUUCACGCAGCAUUACCCAUUUUGAAUUCCACUGACCAAAAGUAUAAAAUCAGAAGUUUAAAGAAGUUUGAGUUAGAUAAUUAAUAUACCCUAACAAAUAAACUGUUUGAUCAACAACAAUUUAUGUUGCAUCAGCGAUACGUUAAUAAGAUCAAACAAAAGAGAAAACCAAUGUGUCUGCAAAAUGAAUUCCUUUAUUUGUACAGAGGUACAUUUAUGGAACUACAGAUAACGCACCAAUUAGGCAUAAUAUAUUGCCGUCUAAGCUCUGUUUCAACAACACAAAGUGUAGAUGGGAUAUCAUUUACAAGAACAUUGUUAGUCCAUAAUUAAUCACCUAAUUGUCUACGAAUUUUUCCGUUUUCCCCGAUUACGACAAAGAGCACACGGCGGGUGUGACCGGUCAGCAGAGGAUGCUCACUCCUCCAUGACACCUGGUCCUACCUCUAUCUUUUAAGAGGUCCGUGUUGCUCUGCUUUGAAUUUGUAUUUCGUUUAAUGUAUUUUUGAGAUGGUUGACAGUUUGUUAUUAUCAUUUUUUCAUAUAUGCAAUGUCAAAUACAAAAAUCAAUUAAACUACCUGUACUUGAGUUAAAAAAAGGUUAAAUGCUUACUAAAAACUAGAACGUUGACUUCUCGUGAAAUGUCAGUAAAUCAACAGAGCAAUGUGUGUCUGUAUAUGAAGAAAUAAUUAUACAAUCAAAAAUAAAGGUUUCGUUAAACAAAAAAUGUUUUCGUGAAAGUGGAGUCAAAAGAGAAGUGCAUGGAAUUAUUUCCGUGUGAAAUUUUGCUCUGAUUAUGAAACAGUUCAAAUUUAAAUCUCACGAUGAAUAAUAUGUACUAAUGUCAUGCACAGAUCUAAAGGGGGUCAGAGGCGCCCAUCCCCCCCCCACCCGAAAAAUUCAAAUUUCUUCGA